AUGACACCCAUUUCUCCUGAUAUCCUUUUAAUUGGGGCAAGAUACGCGCCUCGUAAUUGGAUUUAUGUGUGGAGCGGUUACCUGCGGCGCGGCGCCGGAAGUUGCAAGCGUGCAACCUGGCUGCUGAUGUCCAGGACCCUCCGUGGCGGCCCGGUGGUGUCCAGGACCCUCCGUGGCGCCCCGGCGGCGGUCAGGACCCUCCGUGGCGCCCCGGCGGCGGUCAGGACCCUCCGUGGCGCCCCGGCGGCGGUCAGGACCCUCCGUGGCGCCCCGGCGGCGGUCAGGACCCUCCGUGGCUCCCACAGCACUACCCAGGACCCUCCGUGGCGCCACAGCACUACCCAGGACCCUCCGUGGCGCCCACAGCACUACCCAGGACCCUCCGUGGCGGCCCGGUGGUGUCCAGGACCCUCCGUGGCGCCCCGGCGGCGGUCAGGACCCUCCGUGGCGCCCCGGCGGCGGUCAGGACCCUCCGUGGCGCCCACAGCACUACCCAGGACCCUCCGUGGCGCCCACAGCACUACCCAGGACCCUCCGUGGCGGCCCGGUGGUGUCCAGGACCCUCCGUGGCGCCCCGGCGGCGGUCAGGACCCUCCGUGGCGCCCCGGCGGCGGUCAGGACCCUCCGUGGCGCCCACAGCACUACCCAGGACCCUCCGUGGCGCCACAGCACUACCCAGGACCCUCCGUGGCGCCCUGGUGGCGGUCAGGACCCUCCGUGGCGCCCUGGUGGCGGUCAGGACCCUCCGUGGCGCCACAGCACAAGAUUUACUCCCAUCUCUGA